CAGCAGCUGAUCGGUAAUCCAGAAGAAGUUUCCCCUCAGUUAGGGGGGAGCUCCACUUUGAAGCAGGAGACUCCACAACCACCCUGCAUUAAAAAGGAAGAGGAGGAUCUCUGCAUAACUCAGGAGGGAGAGUGUCUUCUAGGACGAGAGGAAGCUGAUCUCACCAAGUUGCCACUGACUGUAGUCUCCGUGAAGACUGAAGAUGAUGAAGAGACACCACAAGGAGACAACCUCUUAGUUCCUCUAUUAGAUAGUGAGACUGAAGAGGAGAUUAAAGUUACUUUGAGCAGCGAUACAGACUGUGAAGGUGAAGAGAAACCACAAGUAGACAACCUCUUAGCUCCACUAUCAGAAAGCGAUUGUGAAGACGGGUUUGAGGAACCGUUGAGCCGCGAUCCAGACUGGGAAGGUGACAUAAGGACUCACACUGACAACAAACAGCCUGAAUGCGCUAACAAAAAGAAAGGUAAAAAAGGUUUCAGCUGCUCAAUUUGUGCGAACAGCUUUACAAGAAAGAGCCAUUUGACUCAACACAUGAAAACACACGCCGGAGAGAAAACAUUUAAUUGCUCAGUUUGUGGUAAUAUCUUUGUUUCCAGAGGAGGUUUGACCAAACACCUAAUGACGCACACUGGACUAAAACCAUUUAAUUGUUCAGUUUGCAGUAAAAGCUUUUCGUAUCACAGCAGUUUGACUGAACACAUGAGAACACACACAGGAGAAAAACCAUUUAAAUGCUCAGUUUGUGAUAAACGUUUUUGUCAAAAAACCAAUUUGACAAAACACAUGAGAUUACACACAGGAGAAAAAAAAUUCACUUGCUCGGUUUGUGGUAAGAGCUUUUCUUAUAAGAGCAAUUUGACGCAACACAUGAGAACACACACAGGAGAGAAAGGAUUUGAUUGCUCAGUUUGUAGUAAAAGCUUUUUCCUAAAGAGCAAUUUGACAAAACAUAUGAGAACACACACCGGGGAGAAACGAUUUAAUUGUUCAGUUUGUGGUAAAAGCUAUUCGCAAAAGAAUGGUCUGACUCCACACAUGAAAACACACACAGGAGAGAAACCGUUUAAUUGCCCAGUUUGUGGUAAAAUUUAUGUUUCCAGACAAGGUUUGACUCAACACAUAAUGACACACACAGGACUUCAACCAUUUAAUUGUUCAGUUUGUGGUAAAAGUUUUACUCAGAAGAGCAAUUUGAAUGAACACAUGAGAACACACACAGGAGAAAAGCCAUAUAACUGCUCAGUUUGUGGUAAAAGAUUCUGUCAAAAAUCCAAUUUGGCAAAACACCUGAGCUCACACACUGGAGAAAAAAAAUGUAUCUGCUCAGUUUGUGGUAAAAGCUUUUCUCUUAAGUGCAAUUUGACCCAACACUUGAGAACACACACAGGUGAGAAACCAUAUAAUUGCUCAGUGUGUAAUAAAAGCUUUUUGCAAAAGAGCGCUUUGACGCCACACAUGAGAACGCACACAGGAGAAAAACCAUUUAAUUGUUCUGUCUGCGGUAAAAUCUUUGUUUCCAAAAAAGGUUUGACAAAUCACAAAAUGACACACACUGGACUUAAACCAUUUUAUUGUUCAGUUUGUGGUAAAAGCCUUUCUGGAAACAGCUGUUUAACUCAACACAUGAGAACACACACUGGAGAAAAACCAUUUAACUGUUCAGUUUGUGGUAAAAGCUUUUCUCGGAACAGCCAUUUGACAGAACACAUGAAAAGACACACCAGAGAAAAAACAUUUAGUUGUUCAGUCUGCUGCAAAGGGUUUAAUCAUAAAGCAGACGCAGUAAGACACAUUCAAACACACAAGGGGGAGAAUUACCAGUUAACUGUUUAGUUAGUGGUAUGUUGCUCAUAUGUAGCAAUAUCCACCAAACCCAGGACCUCCAAAUAGUUCCACUGCUUUUUUCACAAAUAUCAGGCACGUUAAAUUUCUGCAAUAAUGCUGAAAUCUGCAUUUUUAAACAUUCUCUUUUUUUGUCAGAAUAUGACUUUGUUGUUUUGUUUAGGGAAAUAGCUAUAAACAUAUUUGGAUGAUGAUGAUCCGAACACGGGUAAUACCAAACCAGUUGCAUUUCUAGGGCAGGCAUGGGCAAAAUACAGUGCACUGGCCGUAUACUGACUGCCGGACAUGUCCAAAUGACGGCAGACAACACGUGCUCAAAUUUCUACAUGUCGUGGAAAUAACUAACAACAAAUCAAUGAUUGGUCAAUCCAAACAAUACCUCGUUUGUGGACAAUAACAUGUGAGAGCCAUUGAAGCACCUUCAAUCUCUUUAUUAACCAGAGGUAACACAAUCCGGUGAAAAUAUUCAACAGAGCAGCCUUCAGAGCCAACAAACUGCCGCUGCUAACUGCUAAAGCUAACGAAUAUAGCUCCCUUGCUGGCGUCCCACCACACUUAGCAACAGACACCGCCUUUUAAAGGCACGCGCACACCCUCUGCUCUCAUUAUGAAACUUUUCUCAACUGCAUAUGACAAAUAUUUGAAGGUUUUUAUCAUAGUAAUGCAUAAAUUACUUCUAGUAAUGAAUUCUGUUUAUUAAGGAUUAAUUCCAUGAGUAAUAUAUGAAUUAUUUGUUUGACUAUACCUAAUUACUUUGUAAAAGUACUUUUUAGAACGCUUGUAUUAACAGUCACAUGGUGUAGAGUUUACGCUAAAUUCUUGCAAUCACCAUUUGUUUAAAAUACUGAUACAUCUCGUAUAUUGCCACUUGGCCUAAUAAUGCUGGGCUAUUAGUUUUGGUCUAUAUCGCCCAGCCCUACAAACAGGUGGUCUUGGAAGUAAAAAGGAGCAACGCUCAUAUGGACUGAAUAUUCAGUGUUUUAUGGUGCAUAGUUAAUAUUUUAAAUCCCACAGUCUUUAUUUUUUAUGUACAUUCUGGGUGUUUUAUUUAGUGAAAAUGCUGUAAAAUUCCAUUCAGUUUUUUGAGGUGGUCUGUCAUAACCUUUUAGCAUUCUUUCAGACAUUAUUGUCCGAGUUUUUAUGUUUAUGAUCAACUUAACCCUUUUUAAGGCAUUUUAAGAUUUUUUUUCACUAAUUAGUGCUAGACAAUCGAAUUUUGAUUUCUAUAGCUUUCGAUUAAUGCAAAGUCCGGAGCUUGUUCAUGUAACCGCUGUUAAAUGCAGAAUAUCUUGGAAAUUGACAUAAAUGUGAGUGAAAUGUUGUCAUAGUGAGGAGAAAGAACAUUUGUUUGGGAAAAUAAUAUGUCCAGGAGCGCUUAUGCAUCCCCAAAACACUCAACCACCACGUCCUAAACCAAACAAUGUCGAGACGGCUCCUUGAAAAAGCGAUUCAACUACGAAGCCAAAGCUGGCAAGAACAAUCCAUACACCCACAACACCUCUCAGCUGCUUGUGUUGUUGUGAACGACAUCAUCCAUGUAAGAUCAAUGUACAAACAAGACAGGAGUCACAACUUGAGAGGGCGUCUUUUUUUCCUCUUUUUUUUUUUUUUACAGCCUCAUAUUGUCUCCUUACUCGUUGUCAAGCUGAGCGCAGCACUCUUCCUCUCUUCACAAUAAUAGCGCGGUGUGCCACAUCCAGUCUGACUGCGCUAACAAAUUAAAGGUUUGAAGAAAGUACUUUACACAAGCAUAAUGUACGUAGAGCACUUAUUGAUAGAUUUACACAAUUGUUAUGCUUUGCCUUAAAAUACUGGUCAAAAUUGUCCAAAAACAUAUCCCACCGAUAAAUGUAAGGAGUUUUGCAUUUAAAUAACAAAAAUGUUGAUAAAUCUUAUUUGACAAAAAAAAAAAAACAGGCACUCUAUGGUGGUAAAAUAACUGUAAAAGGCACACAAAAAAAAACCUGAAUUUAAACAGAAUAACUUUUACAUUGUUAUUGUUUUUUUGUUUUUUUAUUGGUAAUAGUAUUAUUUUAAUUGUUGUAGCUUAUACGUUACGAAUUAAUGUCCUUUAUUUUAAAACUAAAGUUGAGUUUAGGUACUAAAGUAGCAGUAGAGUGGAAAAACAAGUUGACUUUAGGUGCUUGUUUGUGUUUCAUUGUAUCCAUUAAAUCAUAACCAUAACCUACUCAGUGGCUGAGUGGUUAGUGUGUCCGCCCUGAGAUCGGUAGGUUGUGAGUUCAAACCCCGGCCGAAUCAUACCAAAGACUAUAAAAAAAAAUGGAACCCAUUACCUCCCUGCUUGGCACUCCGCAUCAAGGGUUGGAAUUGGGGGUUAAAUCACCAAAAAUGAUUCCCGGGCGCAGCCACUGCUGCUGCUCACUGCUCCCCUCACCUCCCAGGGGGUGAUCAAGGGUGAUGUGUCAAAUGCAGAGAAUAAUUUCGCCACACCUAGUAAGUGUGUGUGACAAUCAUUGGUACUUUAACUUUUUUUUACUUAAUAUCCAAUUGUAUUUACAAUCCGCAAACUAUGUAAAAAUACAGUCUAAAAUGCCACAAAUUCAGCCAGCCAUUUUGAAUAUUCCGCUCCGAACUUCUUCGGUAAUUUCCGUAGAUUCUGCGUCACUGUAGUAACGCUAACUGCACUCUGACCAUAUUAUUAGGUCAGUCAUACUGGAAAUACGCAAACAUUUGGAAAGUGUCAUGAUCCGUGGUCGGAUCAUGUUUGGUUUAGUUAUGUUCUGUUGGUUUUGGACUCCCUUUAGUUCCGGUUUUGU